AUGGCAAAUAAUAUUAGCAUAGAUUUUUCAUAUACUGAUUUGAAUGUUAAUAUAUUUGAUACCUUUAAUGAAGAACAAAGUGGUAAAAUAUUUUUGGAUUAUGUUUAUAAAAUUUGUUCUGAUACUUUAGCCAUUUUAGCUACUACUUUUAAGUUCAUGACUCAUAAUAUAUCAACUAUUUCUACAGACUGCUUCUUAAAUUCUAGUAUUCUAUCUGAAGAGUUUAUGGAUUUAAAUAAAACGCAGCAAAGUGAUUAUGAGUCUGAACAUGAUAUUGAUGAAAACAUUAAACUUACAAUCUAUAAUAGUGCUACUUUUUGUAAUUGGAAGUCUUUGGAGGACGCAUUAAAAGAAUAUGAAUUAAAUAUUGGAUUCAAAGAUUAUCAACCCAAAAAAAAGGCCAACACCACUUGCCAGAGAGAAAAGGAGUCCAAAAAAGUUGGGUGUGCAUGGCAGCUUAAUGCAGAAUAUCAAAAAAAUUUUGGUGCCAUAGUUAUUAACAAGUUUGUUGAAGAACAUAAUUAUCCACUUGCGCUACAUCGAAAGGAAUUUGUCCCAAGCCUAUAUUCUCUUUCACAAGAAGUCCUUGAUACAAUAAAGUUUUUGACACAGGAGUGUAAUCUUGAAGCCAAGGCCUAG